AAGACUGCUUGAGAAACAGACAAUCCGUGGAUUUUUUUUUUUACCAUUAAACAACUUCAUCAGGUGGAGAUUUUUUUCCAGAAGAAACCCAGAAGAUCUUUAUUUCCCAUCCAAGGCUGAUUAUUGUGGAUGCCUCGUUAUGUAAGCCAUUGCUUCUUCCGCCCUGGAUCCUUUCGACCUUCUGAACUCGGUCACUUCUCAUUCAUUCAGAUCUGAAACUGUCAGAUCCGAGGGACUUUUUUCAGCCCUUCAUCCCAGUUGGAUUCUGCUUCAGCCAUGUUGCGCUGCGUUCUUCAGCGGGCUAACAACCUGAGGCGAUCUGACCCUCUGGCCAGUGUCACGUUUAGAGGGUCAAAGAAGAAGACAAAGGUCAUUAAAAACAACCCCAACCCAGUCUGGAACGAGGGAUUUGAAUGGGACCUAAAGGGGAUUCCUCUGGACUCUGGAGCAGAAAUUCACUGUGUGGUCAAAGAUCAUGAGAAAAUGGGAAGAAACAGGUUUCUGGGUGAAUGUCGGCUCGGUCUCAGAGACGUUCUCAACUCUCCCAACUUUGCUGCCACCUUCACCGUCUCCCUGCUGGACACAAAGAGGAACAACACAGGGGCCACGCUGACCCUGCAGGUCUCCUACCUCCCUCCUCCAGGAUCUGCUCCCAUUUUCCAUCCUCCCUCACAGCCGGAGUCUCUUCCUCACAGCAACCCCAACAUAGAGCUGGACACAGUUACAAUGAUCUCUCUGGAUACUUUGGGAGAGGAGGACACAGAGAGUAUGAUCAUGGUUGAGCCUGCGGAGGAAGCAGGAGUUGACGACAGUCGGUCCCUGGUGAUCAUUGGCCCCCCGGGGCCUCCUGGCCAGGAGUCGCCCACCAACCAGACGCCCAAACGCUCCCCGCCGGCCUACAACAGGCAUGGAGGGCUGAAGAAGAGGAGGAGAGGCACCAGCAGUCAGCCAAAACAGCUGGCCAACAAACCUCAGGACAUACAGGUUCGCGUUCGGGUCGUUGAAGCUCGACAGUUACCUGGAGUCAACAUCAAACCCGUAGUGAAGGUGGCAGUCGCCGGGCAGACUAAGAGAACCCGCAUCAGAAAGGGAAACAACCCGGUGUUCGAUGAGACGUUCUUCCUGAACUUUUACGAGACGCCUUCAGAGCUGUUUGACGAACCCAUCUUCAUCACUGUGUGCGACUCUCGCUCACUAAGAACUGAUGCUGUAAUCGGUGAAUUCAAGUUGGAUGUCGGCACUGUCUACAAUGAACACAGACAUUGCUUUUUGAGGAAAUGGCUUCUGCUGUGUGACCCUGACGACUUCUCUGCUGGGGUCAGAGGUUACCUGAAAGUCAGCGUGUUUGUCCUGGCAGCUGGCGAUGAACCACCGGCUGAUAAACGGGAGUGUGUUGAGGAGAAAGAGGACAUCGAAGGAAACCUGCUGAGACCGGCCGGACUCUCCCUGAGAGGGGCCGUCUUCACGCUCAGGAUCUUCAGAGCUGAAGAUUUACCUCAAAUGGACGACGCCUUCAUGGAUGGAAUGAGGCAGAUUCUCGGGUUUGACACCAACAGAAAGAACUUGGUGGAUCCGUUGGUGGAGAUCCACUUUGCUGGAAAGACGGUCUGCACCAAGAUUUUGGAGAAAAAUGCCAAUCCUCAGUGGAACCAAAGCCUGGCAAUGCCAAUUAGAUUUCCCUCAAUGUGUGAGAAGAUGAGGAUUCGACUUGUGGACUGGGACAGAGCCAGUCACAACGAUGUGAUCGGUACCACCCACCUCUGCAUGUCUAAGAUCUCGGCCCCUGGAGGAGAGAUCGACGAUGACUUGACUCCUCGGACCGUCCACUCAGGAAUUGAUGACAGCCUUGGUUUCCUGCCGACGUUUGGGCCGUGUUUUGUCAAUCUGUACGGGAGUCCCAGAGAGUUCACCGCCUUUAACGACCCUCAUGAAGCUCUAAACCUGGGAAAAGGUGAAGGCGUGGCGUACCGCGGCAGAAUUUUACUUGAACUGACCACCAAGCUGACGGAGAAGCUGGAGCACCAACCGGAAGACAUCCCAUCAGACGACCUGCUGGUGGUGGAGAAGUUCCUCAGAAAGAGGAAGUUUUCUCUGUUUGUGGCGUUUUACUCAGCCACGCUCCUGCAGGACGUCGACGACGCUAUCCAGUUUGAGGUCAGCAUCGGUAACUAUGGCAACAAGUUCGACUACACCUGCCUCCCUCUGGCCUCCACGACACAGUUCAGCAGGGCUGUGUUUGACGGUUGCCACUACUAUUACCUCCCUUGGGGAAACAUCAAGCCGGUGGUAGUUCUGUCGUCAGAGUGGGAAGACAUUCGACCGAGGAUUGAGGCUCUCAACAUGCUGCUCGCCAUCAUAGAUAGACUGGAGACAAACCUGCAGCAGGUGCAGCUGGAGGUCAAGGCAGGGAGCGAUAUGGAAAAUGUAGAACUGCGAGUUGUAGAGCUGCUGGAUCAUCUAAUCGCAGACUGCAGUGAGGAGCUGCCCGCCCUCGACAGGUGGCAGUGCGCCACUCCUCUCGAUCGCUCGCUCAGGCACAUCCGCAGCCUCCACUUGCAGCAGAUCAUGGCGGCGGCGCUGGCGCUGAAACAUGGACCAGAAACCGAGCUUUCUUUGGUGCUGGAGCAGGCAGAAGACUGGGCCAACCGACUGAAGACGAUCGCUGAGGAGCCUCAGAACAGCCUUCCAGACAUUGUGAUCUGGAUGCUGCAGGGUGACCGCCGGGUUGCGUAUCACCGCAUCCCAGCGCACACAGUUCUAUUCUCCCAGCAGUACUGUGGGAAACACUGCGGACAGCUGCAGAGCGUCUUUCUCAAGUACCCGCAGGGCAGCGGCGGAGAAGCCAAACUUCCGGGUCAGCUGAGGGUGAAGGUGUGGUUCGGCCUAGCUGCUGACGCCAAACACUUCAACCAGUUUGCUGAAGGAAAACUGUCCGUGUUUGCUGAGACGUACGAGAACCAGACCCGGCUGGCUCUGGUGGGAAGCUGGGGAACGACGGGUCUGACCUACCCGAAGUUCAGCGACGUCACGGGGAGAGUGAAGCUGCCCAAAGAGAGCUUCAAGCCGUCACCUGGAUGGACCUGGGCUGGAGACUGGUUCAUCAGCCCCGAGAGGACGCUGCUGUUUGACGUGGAUGCCGGUCACAUGACCUUCACAGAGGAGGUGUUUGAGAACCAGUUGAGGUUGCCGGGUGGACAGUGGAUCGGCAUGCCGGAGGGCUACACCGACGUGAACGGGGAGAAAACGGUGCCGAAAGACGAGGUGGAGUGUCCUCCUGGGUGGGUGUGGGACGAGGUGGAGUGGAGCGAAGAUCUCAACAGAGCUGUUGAUGAUCAAGGUUGGGAGUACGGCAUCACCAUUCCUCCGGACCGCCGACCAAAGUCUUGGGUUCCUGCAGAGAAGAUGUACCACACCAACCGGAGGAGGCGAUGGAUCCGGAUGAGACGGAGAGACCAGCAGAAGAUGGAGGCUCUCAGGAAGCAGCGACCGGAUGAUACAGACAAGGAGGGCUGGGAGUACGCCUCGCUGUUCGGCUGGAACUUCCACCUGAAGCCCAGGAAGACGGACAGCUUCAGGAGGCGCAGGUGGCGCUGCCGCAUGGAGCCGCUGGAGAAGACCGGACCGGCCGCCAUCUUUGCUCUGGAAUGUUCUCUGAGCAGCAUAGAGGACAAACAUGACGACAAGUCAGUCACCACCACUUUUGGCGUCAACAGACCAACCAUUUCCUGUUUCUUUGACCGAGGGACCCGCUACCACCUGCGCUGCUACAUGUAUCAAGCCAGAGACCUGCUGCCAAUGGACAAAGACAGUUUCUCAGACCCCUACGCCAUCGUGUCGUUCCUCCAUCAGUCCCAGAGGACGGUGACCGUCCGCAACACCCUCAACCCCACCUGGGAUCAGACGCUCAUCUUCUACGAGGUGGAGAUUUUCGGAGACCCUGAUGCGACGGCGGCCAAUCCCCCCAACAUUGUGGUGGAGCUUUAUGACGAGGACUCAUAUGGAGCGGAUGAGUUCAUGGGUCGCUGCGUGUGCCAGCCGUCCCUCGCUCCAUCGCCUCGACUCGCCUGGUUUCCUAUUCGCAGAGGCAGUUCGGGCGCCGGCGAGCUGCUGGCCGCCUUCGAGCUCACACGUAGAGAAAAGCCAGCAGUUCACCACCUUCCAGGACUAGAGGGUGAUGCCGUCAGUUCAGCCCACGUUCUGGACGAGUUGAUGUUUCCAGGAUUCCUGUCUGAAAACCUGCAGCAAUGGCCAGACGAGUCGGACCUUCCCUAUCCGCCCCCCCAAAGAGAACCCAAUGUCUUCAUGGUUCCCCAGGGGAUCAAACCCGUUCUGCAGAGAACGGCCAUCGAGAUCUUAGCGUGGGGCGUUCGAAACCUAAAGAGCUUCCAGCUGUCCAGCGUUACGUCUCCCAGCCUGCAGGUGGAGUGUGGAGGCAGCAUGGUGCAGAGCUGCGUCAUCCGCAGCGUGAAGAAGAAGCCAAACUUUGACGUCAACACGCUCAUCCUUGAUGUGAGACUUCCCCGUGAGGAGCUCUACAUGCCGCCCAUCGUAAUCAAAGUCAUUGACAACCGUCAGUUUGGGAGGAAGCCAGUGGUCGGUCAGUGCACCAUCCGGUCGCUUGAGGAGUACCGACGCACACAAGAGGAAGAGCGAGCGGAGGAGGAGGAGGAGGAGGAAGGGCACGGCUGGAGACGCGAGACACCAACGUUGACCUCUGGGGAAGUCUUUGUCGACAUUGAUGAUCAGGAGCCGCUUGUUCCUGACCAGUUUGCAGAUGGAGCCAGUUCAGCUAUCAUUAACCUCUCGACCUCUAGUUCCAGCCUGCAUGGAGAGGAGUCCAUGGAUUGGUGGAGUAAAUUCUACGCAUCCAUCGGAGAGAAAAACAAAUGUGGUACUUACUUAGAGAGAGGCUUUGACACCCUGAAGGUGUAUGACCAGGAGUUGGAGAAGGUUGAAGGAUUUGAGGGCCUCUCUGAUUUCUGCCAAACAUUCAAACUGUACAGAGGAAAGACUCAGGAUGAAGGAGAAGACCCUUCAGUGGUGGGAGAGUUCAAGGGUAUGUUUAAGAUCUACCCGGUGCCAGACGACCCGUCAGCUCCUGCUCCGCCCAGGCAGUUCAAGAAGCUGCCUCCCAACGGCAUCGAGGACUGUCUGGUCCGGGUCUACGUCAUCCAGGCCCAAGGACUGCAGCCCAAAGACGCUAAUGGGAAGUGUGACCCUUACGUCAAGGUCACCGUGGGGAAGAAGAGCAUCAGUGACCAUGAGAACUACAUCCCCUGCACCUUGGACCCGGUGUUUGGAAGGUUGUUCGAGCUCACCUGCUCCCUCCCUCUGGAGAAAGACCUGCGGGUGACGUUGUACGACCAUGACAUGCUCACCAAAGACGAGAAGAUCGGAGAGACGCUGAUCGACCUGGAGAACCGCUUCCUGUCCAAAUAUGGAGCCACGUGCGGCCUGCCGCAGUCCUACUGCAUAUCAGGGGUAAACCAGUGGAGGGAUCAGCUGACUCCCAGGCAGCUGCUCUGCAGGCUGUGUGAGCGACGAAACCUGAGGAAGCCCGUGUAUGAAGACGAAGCAGUCCGGUUCAGAGGGCAGAGAUACACGGCCGCAGACCUGGAUGACAGAGACGUGUCCAAGCAAUACCUCGGUCCACUCAAGGAGCGGCUGUCCCUUCACAUCCUGAGGAAAAUGGGCCUGGUACCCGAGCAUGUGGAGGUCCGACCACUUUACAGCCCGCUGCAGCCCGACAUAGAGCAGGGGCGACUGAUGAUGUGGGUGGACGUCUUCCCCAAGUCUCUUGGACCGCCUGGACCCCCGUUCAACGUUAUGCCACGCAAGGCCAAGAAGUUCUUCCUGCGUUGCAUCAUCUGGAACACCAGCGACGUCAUCCUGGACGAUGUCAGCAUCAGCGGCGAAAGGAUGAGCGACAUCUACGUCAAAGGCUGGCUCGACGGACAUGAACACAACAAGCAGAAGACGGACGUCCAUUACCGCUCACUGGGCGGCGAGGGAAACUUCAACUACAGGUUCCUGUUUCCCUUCCACUACCUGCCAGCAGAACAGCUCUGCGUCGUCGAUAGGAAGGAACAUUUCUGGAACAUCGAUAAAACUGAAACCAAGCUGGCUCCUAAACUCACCAUUCAGAUCUGGGACAAUGACAAGUUCUCCUUUGACGACUACCUUGGCCACGUGGCGAUGGACCUGAACCACAUGCUGCGUCCUGCCAAGUCUCCAGAGAAAUGCACCCUGCAGACGCUGGACCAACCCACAGACAAACUGGUGUCUCUGUUCGAGCAGAAGACGGUCAAAGGGUGGUGGCCCUGCACCUGUGAGAAAAACGGGGAGAAGAUCAUCGCGGGGAAGGUGGAGAUGUCUCUGGAGAUAGUGACGGAGCAGGAACAGGAGGAGAGACCGGCCGGACUCGGCAGGGACGAGCCCAACAUGAACCCACACCUGGAGGAGCCUCAGCGUCCUGAGACAUCCUUCCUGUGGUUCUCCUCCCCCUAUAAGACCCUCAAGUUCAUCGUGUGGCGGCGAUUCAAAUGGUUAAUCAUUCUUUUCAUCAUCCUCUUCCUCAUCUUCCUCUUCCUCGGUGUCUUCCUCUACUCCUUCCCGAACUAUGCUGCCAUGAAGAUGGUUGGACCGUUUGGACCACCCAAAGUUAGCGGUCAAUGAAGAAGAAAUGUGAGAAAUUAGAACAAAAAGACAAAAUUAUAAAGGGAAAAACAUUUUUGAAAGUGAAAAUCAUGAACCCAAACUCUGUACCUUUAUUAUAUCUCGACACAACACAGAUUUAUUUUAGCUCUCAUAAAACAAUUCAGAACAUCUGCAUGAUACAAAAAACAAACAAAAACAUUUUUAAUGCUAUAAGAUGCAAAAUCAAAGCAGGCAAUAAUCCAAAGAUACUUUAUUUAUCCAAAAGAGAAAUUAAAUGUUGUUGCAGAUUGUGAUGCUGUGGUCAGGAAGAAUUUCCACUAGCAGUCAGUCUUCCAACGCACCUGUAGAUGCCUCUGACUGAAGACUGUUCCAUGACAUCCUAACAGCUGAAUAAACAGGAAGCAGAGGUGAUUUUCCACAGUAAAAUCACCUCUGCUUUUACUGAGGUGAAAGCAGUAAAAGCUUUCACCUUUUUUGCUAUCAUUGCUAGCAAAAAAGCAUUGAUUGUUAUUUUGCUAGCAAUGCUAAUCCACCUCAUUUCCUUUGCUGCUCCAUUUUAAGUAAAGCCGAGCAGAGAGAUGCUGGUGUAGGGGAUAUGAUGAUGUGAUCCCUCUCUCUCUGCCUCCUUUUUCAACUCCUCUCAGAUUUGAGGUCAAAGUUCAUGCAUUAUUUGAAUUUUUGAGAUGCUAAUCGGCUGCUUCUAGUUGUAAAAACAAUACUUUGUUGCUAUGGUUAUGCGUCAUAAUUGUCCAAAAGUAGAAAAAAGAAAAAAGAAGGAAGAGCAAAAGCCUAAACUGUCCAGACUUGAAACGUUUCAACCAAAUAAAUUUUGAACAAAAGUAAGACGUUGGUUUGUUUUGCUCAGAGUCUCGGUGAGUCACAUGAUGCGUUCAGGUGUUGUGGGAUUUCUUUUUAACAUUUUCCUGUUUGUCUUCACUUAAUCGUCUUUAUUUAAUUUAACGUUUUUGUUUUUGCCUCUUUUGUCUCUUAUUAUUAGUCGCCUUUCUGCUCCAGGGCUGUUCAAUUUGCGGCCCGGGGCCAUUUGUGGCACUUACACUGAUUUUUUUGUGGCCCCCAACUUUUCAGUUUUAAUCAUCGGAAAAUUAUUGACAUAAUUUGUUUGCAAUUAACAAUAUUAAUUACAAUUCAAAGUAUUGUUUUUACAACCAAACUUUUGGAAACUUUCACUGAAAGGUUGAUUGAUCUGAGCAUAAAUCAGCUCUUAUUUAAUUUACUAAACUCUUCUAAAUAUAUGGCAAGUAUUUUAGAAAAAUUACCCAAAUCCUGGUCUUAUGAUUGAAUACAGUUGUUCAUCUCAUCAAAAAAUAAUUUAAAAACAAAAUUUUAAUGUAGAAAAUUAUCAAAAUCCUUGUUAAUGAAUGAAUAACAUCAAUUUCCUACAAAAAAACUAAACAACCACGAUGCUUUAUUCACUGGAUUUUAGUCCUUUAUAUUUUAUUAUUAUUUUAUGGUGGUAAAGUAAACACUGAAAAAAGCUAAACAAACUUUGAAUCACCAUCUGUAUUUUUAGGUUAUGUUCCGUCUGUUAGCUCAGCCUAAGUGACAGUAAUGUAGCCUAGCAUAAACCUGUCGUCAUCCGGCCUCUCGGUCCUCAGGGUUCAGCAGGUUAAGUCUCGGAUUUGUUCUUGUUGAUCUCAGAGCUUCAGUUUUAUUAGUUCAGAGAUGAAGCAAGUUGAUACGAUCUCAUAUCACCGCCGUCUGUGUGAGCGGCGUGUAGCUCCUACAGCAAUAAGAACAAUCAGGAACGUUUCGAUAGUUUAAACACAAAAAAAUUGUUCAAUUCCUAACAAAUCUGGAUCAAAACAGCCUUUAAAUUUACCAAAACUAUUCAGAAUCAAAAGACUAAAAUAAAGCAAAACAUCCAGAUUUGGGAACGUAGCAGGAUGCGUUCAGGCGCAGAAACGGUUCUGUUUGGUUUAGGCAGUGGAGGGUGAAAACUUUACACUCAGGUUUUACAUUAGCUAAGUGGUGGGCACAUUUCUGCUAAUGCUACUAUCCUAAAGCUACUGCUGAACACUGCAAAAACACAAAACCUUAAUUCAUUUUGGUUUAGUUUCUAGACCAAGUAUCUUAUUUAACUUGAAAUAAGACAAACUAACUCAAAAGUUACUUUUCAGCAAGAUGUAGAGGCUUGUUUUAUGUAAAUGAUUCCUUAAUAUUGAUGAAAAAGUUCUAUUGACAGAUUAUAGCUGAGUCCGAAUCCAAGGUCUGCAUCCUUGGAAGGAGCCGGUCUACGUAGACCGGCAGUGAAUAAACGUCGACCAGCGGAGAAAAGCUGUGAUUUCGGACAGGUCUGGCCCCGCCCCCACCUCAGUGUAACUCAUGUUGCCUAGCAACCGUAACAGCGUGAAGCAGAGAGCGGCGAAGAAAAAAACCCAAACGUAGCUGAAGUUUGUUUUUCAGUCAUGCAUUACUCCUGAUUUCUGUAUUAUUGUUCACCUUUAUAGUAAAGGCUGUUCCAUAGUAAAAAAUAAAUCUGUUAGUUUGGUUCUAAAACGUUCAAACAUGUUUUGCACAUUUCUACCAGGAAUAAAUAUAAGAAAAUUAGUCAUUUUCAAAUAUAAUACUCUCCAAAUCUCAGAUAAACCAUUACAGUUAAAUAAAACUAGUACGUUUGAAGGCUUAACUUUAAUCAAUCAAACCGAUUGAUUCAGGAAUAAAUUAGAUACUUCGGUAAACCAAACAUUUUGGAACUAGAUAUUACCUGUCUGGAUAAUAUCGGUGUUUAACUUCCACUCAUUGGGGAAAGCCAGCGGGAGUUUUUAUAUCAAUGUAUCAGGAGUCAGGCGUUCUCCUCCGGUGUACCGAACCUGAAGCGCCCGGCCAGCCGGCAGCUGGCGAGGGGAGCUGGCUGUUAACGCAGCGGGAGCAGACAUGUCCCAAAAUGUUUUGGUGAACCGAGCAGAUAUUUGAGACUAACACUCUUACAUUCUCACCUAAAAAUAUUGUGCAAAAUCACAACGUUUUUAGUUGUGUCAUUUAAAGUGCAAUAUAACAACAUAACUUGUCUUUCUUCACCGCUAUUGUCGCUCUGCCUGAACGCCCGGUUGGGACCCGCAAUGAAUUAUGGGAUAUGGUGGGCCGUGAAGGAUACACCGGACCCAUCCUUCAAAUCUGGGGAAAAGAAGGACGAAGUGUUCGAAUUCAGACAGGCUAUGAUGUAAUCAACCUGCAAAUCCGUCCUUCGCAGGAUGCAGACCCUGAAUUUGGACACAGCUUAUUUCACUUAUAACAUGGGGAAAAUGUCGUGUUAUAACUGAAAUAAUCUGCCAGUGGAACUAGAACUCUGUUGCUAGGUAACGGGCUGGCCUUGGCUGGGGUUGCUAGGUAACGGCACCAAUGGAACUAGAACUUUCUCAUCGAUAUUAAGAAAUUAUUUACUUAAAACAAGCCUCUGUAUCUUGCUGAAAAGUUGUUUGUAAGUUAACUUGUCCUAUUUCAAGUUUACUAAUGCAUUUUCACUGGAAACUAAACCAAAAUUACUUGGUAAUAUUCUGUGUUUUUGCAGUGCAGAGGUUAGCCUACCACUGUUGAAAGUGAUUUAAAUAUUUGCAGGGAGAUGCAUUUAUUUAGUAUUUUGUGUUCUUGUCUAGAAACACUAAACAUCCUUUUUUUAUUUAGACAAUCCCGCUUCUGACUUUAACUUCUUCAGAUACCUUCAAAAAUUUAAACUCAGAGCUGUUCUCUCCUGAUUUUUUACGGCUGUCAGUGAAUGCAACGUGCCUUCUUUAACUGAUGGAAAAAAGUGACCUUAAGAGUUGGUUUUAUUUUGAAAAGUUGUGUAAGAUUUUGUGUUUCUGCAUGAGACAAAUCUGUUUGCUGCUGUUACUGUAAAAUAUGAAAUGCUUGAAGGCAAACAGCCUGAAUGUAUUCUGACAUGAUGUGUGUUUGACCUGCUGUAUCUGCAGAGUCGUGUCGUCAAUAUUAUCAAUAAAACCGAUCAAUCUGUUUCAA